UAAAUAGAAGAAACCCCCAAUUUCCCAAAUCGUCAGGACUGGGUAUACUUUAUUGACGUUGACAAUCAAAUUAAUCGAGCGUUUUCUCCAAAGCAAUGGACGCGUUCUCAUCUUUCUUCGGUUCCCAAUCGUCUGCGCGAAAUCGCUGGAGCUACGAUUCUCUCAAGAAUCUCGGCCAGAUCUCUCCGGCCGUCCAGACUCAUCUCAAACAGGUCUACCUUUCAUUAUGCUGCGCUUUGAUUGCUUCUGCUGCCGGGGCUUACCUGCAUCUUCUCUGGAACAUUGGUGGCCUCCUUACUACAUUUGCAUGCAUGGGAAGCAUGAUUUGGCUACUUUCCACCCCUCCUCAUCAAGAGCAAAAACGGGUUGGUCUAUUGAUGAUGGCUGCUCUCUUUGAGGGGGCUUCAAUUGGUCCAAUGAUAGAUUUAGCUAUUGAGAUUGACCCAAGCAUUUUGGUUAGUGCUUUUGGAGGUACUGCACUGGCGUUCGGUUGUUUCUCAGCUGCAGCCAUUUUGGCAAAGCGUAGAGAGUACCUCUACCUUGGUGGCUUGCUUUCUUCUGGACUCAGCAUUCUUUUGUGGCUGCACUUUGCUUCUGCAAUCUUUGGGGGUUCUGCAGCCAUCUUCAAGUUUGAGUUGUAUUUUGGGCUUCUGGUGUUUGUCGGCUUCACGGUGGUGGACACUCAGGAGAUAAUCGAGAAAGCAUAUCAUGGUGAUUUGGACUAUGUGAAACAUGCACUGCUUCUUUUCACUGAUUUUAUUGCUGUCUUUGUCCGCAUUCUGACUAUCAUGUUGAAGAAUUCCAUGGAGAAGGAGAAGAAGAAGAAAAGAAGGGACUGAAGCUAAAGCCCGUGGCUUGCCAAGAGAUGUAAUCUGUUGUCCAUAAAGUCUGGUGUUUUCUUAAUGGAACUAAGUAACUGUUAAUACUUGGGAGCUUGUACUUACUGGCUUGCUUGUGUUGGUGUUACUGGGAUUUUCACUUAUGGUGCGUGCGUGCGUGCUUGGGAUUCUUAUGAAUGCUCGAAUUUUGGCAUUUGUAUAUUGGUGGUAAAUGAUAUUUAUAACCCUACAACUCUUUUUAAGUAUGAAUGUUGGAUUCGAAUC